UUGGAAAACACCGUAGUCUAUCAUCAGAAUGACAGUCACUCAACUAUAUCACAUUUGCCUAGUGAUACCACUGUUCGAGCUACGGUCGAUAGCGAAUUAUUGUUGAAUGAAAGUAGUACUGAUGACGGUGAGUUGGCGUUUUCAUUGACGUAUUGUUUUACGAACACGAGCUACCCAUUUACAUCACAGUCUUCAUCAUUGAAGCUCUGUCCUUUGGUACCACCUCGUCUCGUCGGUCCUAUUCGGGUUUGGAUGGAUUCUCCAAGUUUUUCGGCGCUUCAGAAACUGUACCCUUAUUUAGAACCGGGUGGUCAUGGGCAGCCAAAAAAUUGCAGAUCGAGGCAUAAAGUAGCAGUUGUGGUGCCGUACCGUGAUCGUGAUUCUCAUCUGCGCAUCCUACUUCACAAUCUGCAUUCAUUACUAACGAAGCAGCAGCUCGACUACGCUAUCAUAGUUGUUGAACAAGUCGCAAACCAGACUUUUAAUAGGGCAAAGCUAAUGAAUGUUGGAUAUGCUGAAGGCAUCAAAUUGUACUUGUGGGAAUGCUUUAUAUUUCAUGACGUGGAUCUUCUACCUGAAGACGAUCGGAACCUAUACUCUUGUCCGACAAUUCCUCGACAUAUGAUAAUUGACCUUUUACCAAUCUAUUGUCGUUUCAUGCUACCGUAUACAGCAAUAUUUGGUGGUAUCAGCGCCAUGACUGUUGGCCAACUGCGAUCCAUUAAUGGUUUCUCCAACCGAUAUUGGGGAUGGGGUGGCGAAGAUGAUGAUCUUGCCGACAGGGUAUCGGUCGCUGGGUAUAAAGUUGCGAGGUAUCCCGCCCCAAUAGCUCGCUACAAGAUGAUUAAACAUGAGCACGAAGCAAAGAGCAACCCAGUGAAUAAAUGUCGGUACAAGCUUAUGGCACAGACGAGAACACAAUGGAAAGCGGACGGCCUCAACUCACUUAAAUACGAGGUAGUGAAACAUGAGCUCCUUCCAUUGUACACACAUAUUUUGGUGGAUCUAUUAGAAAAUGAUGAACACAAAGCGAUCAAAAGAUUCCUACAUAUUACCCUCUCUGUAUCAGUAUUGUUUCUCUCAGGUCUUUGUUCUUUCCUGCUUUUAAAUCAUCUCGUUAAAUAA